GAACAAGAGGAAGAUCGAGGGUCCACCAGAGCUCGAUCGAUCUGAAUUGAAGCUAGCAGUGCAGCUAUGCGCUGUUCUGGAACCAUUGCGAUUAGCGACCCGUUUGAUUGAAGCUGAAGAUCGAGCCUUGUGUUCUCUCUAUCUUCCACUCUUCCACCAAUGCAGCGAAACGCUUGGCAAGAAUAGGGGAGCCCUUCCCCUGCCCAAGGAAUUGAGAAAGGCGUUUGGUGAGAAUGUUCAGAUCUCUUCUCUUCUGGAGGUGCCAAACAAGCUACGGCUUUUCUUAGCUGCUGAUCUCAAAAAAAUACGUGAAAGACACUUGGUUGGAACAACUGGUGACGAUUUGCUUGCAGUAGCCACGUUCCUGGACGGACGUUUCCAGAAGCACCAUGUGUGGCAGUCCAUGCUCUCUUUGGAAGACACAAAGAACAAAGUAGCGCAGAUGGCGCUACAAGCGUCACAAGACUUUCCUGCGCUAGUUGAACGUUUGCGCAAGCAAGCGCAGGAUCCAGUCAAUUGGACCCUGGCUGCGUUGGCGAAAGCUGAGGCGGCACCUAAACCACGCGGCCGUGGAGGCCGUGGAGGCCGUGGCAGAGGCCGUGCAAGAGCGCAAAGUGACCCAGCCCCAAAGUCCCGGUGUGCUUCAGAGGCAGCCCUGCAGGAAACAACUCCGAGUGGGCACAAUCUAAAGCGGAGGCGCCUUCAGCCACAAACAUCAGCUGAAGAAUGGCUUUUCGGGCAACCAGAGCAGCAAGAGGAAGAGGUAGUCCUCGCUGAUGUGGAUGCGGUCAAGCAGCAGAUCUCAGAGGAGUUGACGUGUUAUCUGCGCCUCGGACAUGCCAGCCAGCUUGGAAGUUCACCCUUGUCCUUUUGGAAGAACCGCCGCAGCGAGCUUCCAUUUUUGAGUGCCCUUGCAAGGAUUAUCUAUUCCAUCCCUGCCAGUACUGCUGCACUAGAACGAUUGUUUUCGGCGGCAGGACGAGCGGUUUGCCACCGCCGUCCUCGCCUGAACGUCCGCAAAGCGGCGAAGUUGAUAUUCGCUCAUGCGAACGUAGCAAGGAACAUUACCGGACGAAUUGGGGCAAAGAAACCCGUGGAAGAGUGA